GCGCCAUUUUGAACGUUCAGCGGCCGCGGCCGUGAGGUGGGCCGGGCAGUGCUGGUGCCUCAGCGAUCUCCUGCUUUUCUUUAGCUUUCGCCUUUCCAGUACCAUCAUCAUCAGGAGGCACGGAGCCACAGACAUAUCUCUAGGGUUGGCUCCGGGUCCGAGGCGAAGCCCUCCGAUGAUGUUGAGGGGAAACCUGAAGCAAGUCCGAAUUGAGAAAAACCCGGCCCGCCUGCGCGCUCUUGAAUCGGCGGCGGGGGAGAGCGAGCCGGCGGCCGCCAUGGCGCUCGCGCUAGCUGGGGAGACGGCGCCUCCCGCGCCCGCGCCCGUGGAGGAGCGCCCGGACGAGGAGGUGGGUUUCACCAUCGACAUCAAGAGCUUCCUCAAGCCGGGCGAGAAGACGUACACGCAGCGCUGCCGCCUCUUCGUGGGCAACCUGCCCACCGAUAUCACGGAGGAGGACUUCAAGCGGCUCUUCGAGCGUUAUGGCGAGCCUAGCGAGGUCUUUAUCAACCGCGACCGUGGUUUCGGCUUCAUCCGCUUGGAAUCCAGAACACUGGCUGAAAUUGCAAAAGCAGAGCUGGAUGGCACCAUUUUGAAGAGCAGACCUCUCCGAAUUCGUUUUGCUACACAUGGAGCAGCCCUAACUGUCAAGAACCUUUCUCCAGUUGUUUCCAAUGAGCUUCUAGAGCAAGCAUUUUCCCAGUUUGGUCCAGUAGAGAAAGCCGUUGUGGUUGUGGAUGAUCGUGGUAGAGCUACAGGAAAAGGUUUUGUAGAAUUUGCAGCAAAACCUCCUGCACGAAAGGCUCUGGAAAGAUGUGGUGAUGGGGCGUUCUUGCUAACAACGACCCCACGUCCAGUCAUUGUGGAGCCAAUGGAGCAGUUUGAUGAUGAAGAUGGCUUGCCCGAGAAGUUAAUGCAGAAAACUCAACAAUAUCAUAAGGAACGGGAACAGCCACCACGUUUCGCUCAGCCUGGGACGUUUGAAUUUGAGUAUGCAUCUCGAUGGAAGGCUCUUGAUGAAAUGGAGAAGCAGCAGCGUGAGCAGGUUGACAGAAACAUAAGAGAGGCCAAAGAGAAGCUGGAGGCAGAAAUGGAAGCGGCCAGGCACGAGCACCAGUUAAUGCUGAUGAGGCAAGAUUUGAUGAGGCGUCAAGAAGAACUCAGACGCCUGGAAGAACUCAGGAACCAAGAGCUGCAAAAACGGAAACAAAUACAACUGAGACAUGAAGAAGAGCAUCGUCGUCGUGAAGAGGAAAUGAUUCGACACAGAGAACAGGAGGAACUGAGGCGACAGCAAGAAGGCUUUAAGCCAAAUUAUAUGGAAAAUUUUAAAGGGAGGAAUCAAAUGAGAGAACAGGAAAUGAGAAUGGGUGAUAUGGGUCCCCGUGGAGCAAUAAACAUGGGAGAUGCGUUUAGCCCAGCACCUGCUGGUAACCAAGGUCCUCCUCCAAUGAUGAGUAUGAAUAUGAACAACAGAGGAACUAUACCUGGCCCACCAAUGGGUCCUGGUCCUGCCAUGGGACCAGAAGGAGCUGCAAAUAUGGGAACUCCAAUGAUGCCAGAUAAUGGAGCAGUGCCCAAUGAUAGAUUUCCGCAAGGACCACCAUCUCAGAUGGGAUCACCUAUGGGUAGUAGAACAGGUUCUGAAACCCCUCAAACACCCAUUGCUGGUGUAGGUCCUGUUAGUGGUGGUCCUGGUGGUUUUGGUAGAGGAAGUCAAGGGGGCAACUUUGAAGGCCCUAAUAAGCGUCGUAGAUAUUAAACAUUUCUAAAUCCUAGCUAUUUAGAGGGGAAAAAACAAAUUCAGUGGUAUGCCUUUACACUUUAACCUGUUACCUUGGAAGAAAUGGUUUUAUUGUUAAUGUAUGUAGAUUUAAAGUAUUUCUUUUGUAAAACUUAAGGUUUUUUUGUAUUUUUCUUUAUUCAUGAGCUUUGUAGAUUAGAAUCGUAAUGCUUAUGCUCAUCAUUGUGAAUGUUAAAAUGUGUUUGUGACCUUAGAUAAAUAUAAAUAUUCCAUAGUACUGUGAAAUCUAUGUAGUUACUUCAAUAAAGAAAUAAUUUUGGAUAAUUUACAAAUGUUAUUAGUGGUAUUCUCUUAGAGUUUUAAUAAACUUUGCUGUAACAGUAGUAUUUGGGUUGCUUUAACUAAUCCCAGCCAUUUAAAAAUGAAAAUAGAUUUUCUGUUUUUUAGUUUGUGCAAGUAGCACUGAAGAUAGCAGCUUAGUGAAAGCUAAUGUCAGUAAGGGAUUGGGCCUGGGAGUUUAUAUCUGUGUAAACCAUUGUGUUCUGUGAAACCAGAGUUGGUGUCAAAUUUCAUAUAGAUUCUGAAUAUUCGGAUAUUCCAAGAGGAAUAUUAAGGAUAUCUAUGUCCUGUGCUGAUUUUUUUCAAAUAAAUCUUUCAAUCUUGGAAAAAAAAAACCGUUUGAAGGCAAAUCUCUUGCUUAUGAAAUAAUGGUCUGUUUUUAAUCCUAUCUGCCAUUUAUUUGGUGUCAUUAUCUAAAUCUUACCCUUAAGUUUCUUUAAAAUCAAACAAUACUGUUUGAUUGGAUGUUAAAUCAGGAUUUACUAUGUGAUUUAGAAGAAAUAAGACAUUACUAGAGAAGGUUGGUUUCUAGAAGUAUUAAAGAUGGCUUGACUCUGCAGUGUUGCAAAUAUUUUCCAGUAGUUGGUAAGUCUCCAGUAAAACUUGUCUGACAGGUUAGGUGUAUUUGUCUCCAAGGAAUACAAGUUCAAAAAGUGAUUUCAAAAAAAUAGAAUUACCUUGAGAAAGACUCGGGUAAUUGGAAUCAUAUUAUAUCCCUCUACUAUCGAAUAUGUAUUUUGAAGUUUGAUUUUCAAUACUAGGGAGAAAUUGGU